UCAUCUCCUGGAAGACUUCAACAAUAGAUUCUGGGAAAAAGCAGGAAGUGGCUCUGACUUCCCCAGGAAAUGGGGAACCUCGACCCCUCUCGCUGCUUUGGAGCCGCAAGACAACUCAUGGGAGAGACGGAGAGGGAGAAGGGGAAGGAGGGAAGGGUGGAGGACAGACAGAAAGACAGACGCUGGUAGACCAAAGUCAGAGAAAGAAAGGACAAAAGAGGAGACUCUGGAGCAGGCUGAAGAGAAAGGAUCAAGAUAAAGUUGUAGGCUUUUAUUUGGUUUCCAACUUGGUGGAGAUGAAGCUUCUCCUCCAGGCUGUGGGUGCUCUGCUCUGCUGCUCGCUGUCCUCCUUAAACACACUGGACCCUAAAGGGAAAAACGUCUGCCGCAGCCUCAGGGACCCCUCUACUCUAGAAUGUUGCACUGGAUGGCGUCAAGAAGGAAAAGACUGCACUAUACCUGUGUGCGAGGGCGAGCAGGCCUGUCUGAAGAAUGAGCUGUGUGUGAAGCCUGGAGUGUGUCGCUGCCCACCUGGAUACUUCGGCGCUCACUGUAAAACACGUUGUCCCUCUGAGUUCUGGGACUCAGACUGUCGUCAGUUGUGUCCGUGUUAUCCAUACGGCCGUUGUCAUCCUGUCACAGGUGAGUGCACCUGCAACACAAACCGGUGGGGUCCACUUUGCCAGUUCCCUUGCAGGUGUGCACGCCACGGCCACUGUGACCCUAUUUAUGGAAACUGCACCUGCGAUGAAGGCUGGUGGACGUCGACCUGUGCCAAACCCUGCCAGUGUAUGAGUGGGGGCGCAGUGGGCCCCAGCUGCGAACAGUUGACUGGACGCUGCCAGUGUCACAGGGGCCACUGGGGCCUGAAAUGUCCAGUCAGUUGUAACUGUUACAUGUCACCGUGCAAUCAGCGGACCGGUGUGUGUGAGUGUGAUCCAGGCUGGUGGGGACCCAGCUGUGACCGCAGAUGUAACUGUGACCUCACACACAGCAGCUGUGACCCGGCCAGUGGGCAGUGCCUGUGCCAGCCGGGCUUCCAGGGACCCUACUGCAACAAGCCAUGUGCCCCUGGUACAUAUGGCAGCGGGUGUAUGAUGAGUUGUGGUUCCUGUAAAGACAACCAGACCUGCUCUGUCAUUGACGGUGCAUGUGCUGCCUGUGAUCCCGGUUGGAAAGGUACACAGUGCAACAGCUCCUGUCCAUUUGGUUUUUAUGGUGAUGGCUGCAAGCAGACAUGCCCACAUUGUAGGAAAAAUGAGCCCUGUGACCCAGAAACAGGGAAUUGUGGGAGUUGUGAACCUGGAUGGACUGGACCCAGAUGUGAGGAGGCCUGCUCUAAUGGCACUUAUGGAAAGGCCUGCAGCUUCCUGUGUAAACCUUGUGUCAGUGGUCGCUGCCAUCACGUGACAGGAAAAUGCAUCUGUGAACCGGGUUUUCAGGGAGAAAGCUGUAACAGCAGUUGCCCCGCCCUACAAUUUGGCACUGACUGUUCCUCUGUCUGUGACUGUGGAGAGGGCAUUGGCUGCAAUGCAGUGACCGGAGCCUGCCCCAGCAGUAUCCGCGGUGCAGUACUGGCAGGUGUGCUGGUUCCUCUGCUGUUGUUGCUUCUCGCUGUGCUCUUUUGUUGUCUGUGUUGUGGAGGAGGUCCAGCUGAUGGCAAAGACAGGGCGACUGUAGCUGAGGGUGGAUGGUCAGUGCGCAUGAAGUAUCACGUCUAUAGUGUCCUGGCCAACAUCGGCGCUGCUCUGCCCUGUAUCUCUGAUUGGUCCUCUGGCCUGCCUCGUGUCACUGUAUCUCAUCAUGACCCAGAGCUGACGUUCAAUCACAGCUUCAUCGAGCCCCCUUCUUCUGGCUGGGUCACAGAGGGCUCAUCCUUCGACAGUGAUGAGGAGGAGGCAGAGGCUCUAUACUGCGUCCCUCCAAGAGAAGACAUCCCAGCGGUGGCGGGCGGUGAGUUCCAGGAGAUGGCCUCUAAGUGUAACAUGUUUUUAGACCCGACAGGCUUCAGCAGCGAGGACAUCUCUUCUCCCUUCAACAUCCCACGAACCUCCAGCAUCGCCAAGGCCAAGCGUCCGUCCGUCUCUUUUGCUGAAGGUACUCGCUUCAGCCCCAAAGAGCGACGUGGCUCCGCUCAGGAUCCCAGCGCUCUCCCUGGACAUCCUCGCACCAAACCCAAACCCACCUGGGGGAUUUUGAUGGUCUCAGCCCUGCAGAAUCAGGGGGGUGCAGCUAAAACUAGGGAUGAGAAUGGAGGUGAGGGUGAAGAAGUGGUGGAUGUCCAGGAGACAAACAAUCAGGAGUCAGUCUAUGAAGGAGGGGAGCAGGAUGUGGACAGAAACUCCCCCACCCCAUCCUGUACUACACAAAGACCAACAAGGACCAACGCUGCUCAUAAAGGCAGCCACGUCCCAGCAUGCACCACUGAGACUCAGACUGGGGGCGUGAAUAAGGUCACUACAGUGUAUGUGACGGUGGGUAAGGCGGGGCGGCCGGUGUCCAGAGCAGAGUCAAGCUCAGAGGGUCCCGUCCAGGCCAUGCUACGCAGACUGGGCAGCCUCCAGAGACAGAAAGAGCAGGAAUCAGGCAAAACUAAAGUUAAGGGAGCUGAAGGGAUCACCAAACCUCCCAGGAGGAAGCUUGGCACUCGUGCUAGUGCGUGGGAGCAGGGGGAGCCGUCCGGAGGCGAGACUGGCAUUUGUAAACCCAUCAGGAGGAAGCAUGCCCACCAAAACUCCCAAGCUGACACAGUGGGUGGGAAUGACAUCCCAGCAUCUGAGAGCAACACUCCCAAAAGGCCACUGUCGUCCAUUUUGAAGAGCGUUCCAGAGGUGGCGCCAACUGGAGACGAACAGAGCACAGGCCAAACUGAGAGCAACUACCUGACUGUAGGACCAGCAGGGGACGCCGUGAGCCUCACUGAGGUCAUCACAAACCAGGGGGCAGUGGUCAGCGUGAACGACGAACCCUGCUAUGAAAAUGUCAUCCUCAGACACUGAAGACCUCUGAGAGACCGUCAUCAGCGGGACUGAUAAGAAUAGAACUGCACAUUUAUCAUCUGCAGUUGUCAUAAAGGUUUCUGCCGUAUUUAUUAUUGUGUUAUCAUUAUGUUUGUUAUGUACAUUUAAGGGUUUGUUAUUCAAGUGUAAGUGCAGCUUACUUAUUAAUAUUUAUAGUUUUUGUGAUAACGUAAUUAACCUGAUCUUUACAUGAUAUUUUAAAUGAAUAAUGAAACACAUCAUGUUUAUAUGUUGAACUGAAACAUAAAAGCCACUGUAAACUACAAAAUAUCAGGUGUAAUUCUAUGAUUUUUCAGCCUUAACAUCCCAUUUUCCUUUAGUGUCAUUUGAUAAACGCAAAUAUAAUGACAAUUAGACAACAACUGUAUGAUGUAAUGAUGCAGGUUGUCCAUAUAAAUAAGGGCAGGUUGCACUCUUGGCCUAUAUUUCUUUCCCGAGGGUUAUCCAUUAAACAGACACUAAAGAAAAGUGUUUUGUGGAGAAAAACACACCUGCAAACGAGUUUUUUCAGGCGGUAAAAAGCAAAAGAGUCUUUCUUAUCACAGAAUGACUAACUGUGGGCUUAAUUCAAGUGAACACAGAUAUAACUUGAACCAGAAAAUGAAAUCAUCCACUUUAUUAUUUGUAAUGGAUGAAAAUACAGCAGUUGUUCAAUAGGACAUGAAAACAAACGUAACAUACUCUUCAUCAGUGCACAAUGUACAGUUAAACUGACAAAAGCUACUUGAAUCUAACAUUAUACUGCGACUGUAUUGUGACUGUAGAGAAUUAAAGCAAAAGCAGGAUUUCAAGACUUCACACUUUGAAUGUAGUCAUUUUUGAUGCAUAAAACUUUGUUUUUUUAUGCAUUUUUGAUGCAUAAAACUUUAUUUUUUAAUGUAAUCACAAUAAACUAUCUCUCCCUUUAAAAAAAAAAUAAGAAGGAAGAUGUGAAUAUAUAAUGCAUAAAACGCAAUCAUCAUGUCUUUAUCAAAAUGUUUUUCUCUCAUCAAGCUCUCCACAAAUAAAACUUUACCUUUAACACUA